GCCGCAUACAAAGGAUAAAAGCAGAGCGGUGCCGGGGCAAAUGUCGAGGAAAGGUGGAGCUGCUUUACUUCAGAAGGAUGCUCCGUGGAGGGCAUCAUCGGAAACACCUAUUCCCAGAAUCCAUCAUUCUCCAAUUCUCCGUCUUUCCCAAACCCCUCAUUCCGAUUAUGCCAUCUCCGUUAUGAAGCACCCCAAUCCCAUUGGAAGUGGGUUGGCUGAGGAAGCCAUCGUGGAAGCAGCCGGUCCUGACUGUAUCGUACCAGGGCAGACAGCGCCGCUUAAAUUACUUGGCGUCAAGGUCUGGCCUAUCACUGUGGACCUGAAGUUUUUGGAACCAGUUGGACGGGAACUUAAGUUGCUUGGGAAGUUCAUGGAUGAUGCUGUAAUCUUAUGAAUAAAUCAUUCAUAGAUCGUUAACGUUGUGAUCCUUUUGAUAUAUUGCACGUGAAAAGAUGAAACAGUUGCAGUUUGAACAUCGAGAGGUUAGAAGUCAAGUCAAGAUGAGUCACUGUAGAUUUGCCUACUUUGAUUUUCUUUUUGUUUUUUUGAAGACUACUUGAUUGUCCAUUAUCCAAGUCAUUUAAUCAAAGAUGAUUUUGUUGGAUAGGGGCAUCGUUUGUGAAACUGACCUGAGUACUCCUAAUGGAAUCUAUAUAUAGAUUGGUCUUUUUUUGCUA